AUGGCAACAUGGAUGUCUGACGAGGGCCUUGGGGCCAGAGAGUCAAUCUCAGAAGCGCAUCUUUUGGUCACCGAGCUCUAUAAUCCUGCAAACCAACGGGACCCCGCCAGAAUUAAUGAGAUCCAAACACGCCUCCAACAACUUCAGAAGACUGAAAAUGCAUGGGCAAUUGCGGAUUCACUCCUGCAAAGCGAACACUCAGCCCAUCAUCGUUUCAUGGGGGCCCUCACAUUCACAGUGAAGAUCAAUGUCUCAUGGAAUGAAAUUAACCAAAAUUCCGCUGCCGAGAUCAUGCAGCACCUGAUCAAUCGCUUUGUUGCUUUGGUAACCAAUGGUGAACAAGCAAUGGUUGUGAGAAAGCUUGCCUCAAGCUUGGUUGCCAUCUUCAAACACCCUACCACACCAUGGAAACAAGCUAUUUGGCAGUUAGCGGCAAGCCUUGUCCACGGCGAAUAUGUAUCCGAAGAGCAAGCACAAGCGGUGGAUUUUCAGGAGCGAAUACUGCCAGCGUUGAGCAAGAGUGGAUCAGGUGCACUCCUAUUUUUCUCAAUCUCACUCGCUGAGGAGGCUCUUCGACUUGACUCUGAACCACAGGACGGGGCUGGAGAUACCUCCGCUAUCCAGCGAGCCAUACACAACAUUAAAGAUGGUCUGCUCCUGGUUCAAUUUGUCCUAGAGGAGAUCAAACAGCAUACAAAGGCAGGAGGGGAUGAAGCAGUUGAUGUAGCACUAGCGGCUGAAGCCAUGAAUUCAUGGAAGACAUGGCUAGGUGUUCAUGGAAAUCGUCAACGCUCCUCUGCUGAAGAUAUCAAUACCUUGGCGGUACGAUGUGGCCAGACCGUCAUUGAGACAUUGAGGAUACCCAGCUUGAGUGAAAGUGCAGCUGCUAUUUUGACCCAAGCCUUUGAAAGCCGGCGCUGGGCCUUUGACAACAACUCAUUAUGGCUUAUUUCUGAAAUUAUUGCCGAUUCAAUCGUCACAGUCCACAUUGCCGCAGUGAGGAGUGGCGAAGCAGGGACUGAAAGCAUGUCGUUUGUUGACCUGUUGAUUGCAUAUGUCUCACAUUUGCACUUAGAUGUCUUCAGCGACCCCAUGACACCACAAAAUUCAGCGAUCCUCACUCUCGUUCACGGUAUAUUUAAAACUCCUGGCUAUGCUUCCAUUGACGAUCUCGGAACCCCACGCGUCUUGGAGUUUUGGAACGACAUCGCAGAGAGUCUCCCUGAUCAACUCGAGGAAGGCAGUCCUAGGUAUGAAUUGGUGAAGUCCCACCUAGCCCAAGUUGUCUUGGGUCUUUCCAGCAAAUUACUAUAUCCUAAGUCUGAAGAUUUGGAAGAUUGGGGGGAGGAAGAGCGGAGUGAAUUCGGUGCCUUCCGUCAUGAGGCCUGUGAUUACUUACUUUCAGCAUAUCCCGUACUCGGUGUUGAUCUCGUCACUGUCUUCCAGAGGAGUGCAACGUCCCACCUAGAAGCUCGGGACUGGCGUAAUUUCGAGACUGCCAUGUUCUGCAUAGCUCAGCUCUCAGAAGCAGUGGAUGAGAAUGGCCACGCCGACCAGUGUCUCGAUGCCAUCUUUGGCAGCGAUGCCUUUGCCCGGCUCUGCGCAGGUGGGGAUACUGGAAUACCACUCAAGGCUCGUCAGACCCUGGUGGACUCCUUCGGAAAGUACGAAUCAUACUUUGAGCGUCACAGUUCAUUACUCCCGGGUGUUCUGAACAUUCUUUUCGAAUCCCUUAACUUUGAACUAUGUGCACAAGCGGCUUCCAGGUCAAUAUUGACACUUUCAAAGUCGUGUGCUCGCGUUUUGACGUCAGAUCUUCCUGCAUUCUUAGAUCAGCUGGACCAGUUCAGAAGCAAGCCGACGGCGACUGUCUCCACCAUGCCUAAGGUUUUGGAAGGAAUUGCAACCAUCAUUCAAAGCUUGCCUAGUGACCAGGAAAAAGUACAAACACUAGAGAGAAUUCUCAGCUUCUUUGUUCAGGAAGCUAACACGGCACGGGAAGAGGUCACGGGUCCUGCUCAUGAAUCUGGCCGUCUACGUGGACAUCUUGUGCUGAGCUGCAUUGCAAGUAUCGGCAAAGGUCUUCGAUCAGAAAGCGAAGUCAUUGAUGUCGAGCUUAACAAGGAAGGAAACCCCUACCCUCCAUCAUUCUGGAACUCUGGACCAGGUGCCGAAGCUCAGCGCCUGAUCAUGGAGUCCAUGAGACUUCUAGUUGUCGGCUUCCCUGUGGAUAGCAGCAUCAUUGAGGCAGCCUGUGACAUUUUGAAAGCUGGCUACACUGAGCGGGCAGGACUUUUUGUCUUCCCGCCCUCCAUGACGGUGGACUUCAUCAAAAGUUUUCCCCUCGGUAUCUCUGGGACAGAUGUUAUUAUGGCGACCGCCUCGUCAUUUUUGGCAUCUCACGCUCGGCAUGCAAUGAACAUCCGCAGCGAAGCUGAGGCGCUCAUUGAUCAUGUUGCCCAGCUCUUCUCUUCGAUGCUCCAGAAUCCGGAUGUAUACGACCCAGAGACUGCUAAUGCCGGAAUCGAUUUCCUAGCGCGUCUUUUACCAAAGUAUUAUCGGAUCUUGUUUACUCCCAUAAAAUCAACCCUGAGCGCAGAGUCCUCUCCCCUCGCUGUGCUUCUUCACUUCACACUUCACGCCUUGACGCGACCUGAGCCACUUCCUCUCCGUUCUGCCUCUGCAUUCUGGGUUGCAUUAAUAGAUUUGCGCGGCAGUUCUCCAGAAGAAAUGAACAUACUUGAAUCAGUCCAUCAAGAGUUUAUUCCACGCUUGUGUUACACCAUCAUCCAGCAGAUUGCAGGUCGAUGCGCAAGAUCAGAUUUGGUCUCGUUGACUGAUGUUCUACGACGCACGAUUUUCAAAAAGAUGGCAUUGGCGCGCCCGGCUUUGAAGGCUGCGCUGGACUCUUUGAAUGCCCAGGUCACAGAUGCAAACGGUCAACAAGUGCCACUCCUAUCGGCACAAGACAAGUCGCGGUUCUUAGAGUCUCUUGCCAUUGCUAGAGGUGGUCACAAACCGUCUCUUGAUCUUGUACGUUCCUUCUGGUUGAAAUGCCGUGGGAUGAAUUUCGAUUAUGCCCAGUAG